GGUACCGCGGGGGGAAACUGAGGCACGAAGGUGGGGGUGGGGAUUCUCCCCCCGGUGCUGCAUCGCCGCCCGGGGCCGGUAGGGGGCUCCGCUGUUCCCCGCCCCGGGGCAGAUAAAGGCGGCGGCGGCGGCGGCGGAGGCGGCAGAACGGCACCGGCAGCACCGGGGCAGCACCGGGUGGGACGGCGGGGCCGGCGGGGCCGGGGGGGGUCAUGGAACGGCUGCUGCUGUGCUGUGCUGCCCUGCUGGCCGCAGGGACACUCCGUGGCCACACAUCAGCAACGUCACAGCCCCCAGCCAGCUCGUCCGCAGCUGUCACCACGCAGAUGCAUGCCAUGUCUUCACUCAGCUCAGGGACGACUGAACCAAAGCCACUGACGACGGACGUAACUCCCAGCUCAGCAACAUCUCCAUCCCACGUCACUGAAGCACCAUCUUCCACUGGCAUCCCAAGCUCUGCAGCAGCUGAACCUCCCUCCAGCCCUGCAGGAACACCAUCUCUGCCCAUGACAUCAGGCUCAGCGCCAUUGCUCACAUCCCCAUCCAGCACCCCCACCGCACUGGCUCCGUCCAACCUGACCACAGUGCACAACCAUACGUGGUCCCCAAGCUCAGCUCCAGCCCCAUCCUCUCCUGGGCGCCCUGACCCCGCUCCCAGCUCUGCUGCGCCCACCACCGCCCCGGCUCCUGGCACCGCCUCGGCCCCCAGCUCCAGCACCACACGGGUGCUCGGGACUGGCACCUUGGCCCUCCUCCAAACCCAACCCCGGGGUGGUGGUGGUCAUCAGCCUCUUCGUGGCGGUGCUGGUGGGGGCCGUGGCCAUGCUGCUGGUGAGGCUGUGCCGCUGUGGGAAGCCCCAAUUCCAGCGGCUGGACGAGGUGCCCAUGGGCAAAGUGUCGGAGGUGUCCGCCUUCGCCCGUCACCCCCCCAGGUGACCCCGCUGUGCCGAAUAAAGACGCUGCAGCCCUGGCUUUGGUUUCCCAGCUGCGCUGCACCCCCCACGAUGCGACGGAGCCGCACGGCGCUGCCCUUCCUGAGCGUGGAGCGCUGCCGCGACGCCGCCGAGGCCAUCCCGGUGGGACCGGGACCGGGUCCGGGGUCGGUGCCGGGCGCCGUCCGCCGCCGCUUCUCCGGGACUCCGCUGCUGCCGCCGCUGGGCUGCCGGGGGGGCCCCGAGCCCGAGGGCUCCCGCGUGGUGUUCACCAUCGAGGAGAGCGGCCCCAGCAGCGGUGACGAGGCCGAUCCCCCCCGCUUUGACCUGGAGAAUGGCCCCCCGGGCAGGGGACCCCUGGAGCCGCAGUGCAGCCCGGGCGCGGGGCUGGUGCUGCAGGGCGCCUUCCCCCACGGCCAGCGCCGCGAGUCCUUCCUCUACCGCUCCGACAGCGACUACGACCUGUCCCCCAAGGCCAUGUCCCGCAACUCCUCCAUUGCCAGCGACCUGCACGGGGAAGACAUGAUCGUCACGCCCUUCGCCCAGGUCCUGGCCAGCCUGCGCACCGUGCGCACCAACGUGACGGUGCUGCUGCACCUCCAGGAGCGCGUGGGCACCAAGCGGGCGUCGAGCAGCAGCCUCCCCUCCACCAGCAAGGCCGGCCUGUCCGCAGAGGAUGCUCAGCAGAAGCUGUCCCUGGAGACCCUGGAGGAGUUGGACUGGUGCCUGGAGCAGCUGGAGACGCUGCAGACGCGGCACUCGGUCGGAGAAAUGGCCUCCAACAAGUUCAAGCGGAUGCUGAGCCGGGAGCUGUCGCACCUCUCAGAGAGUGGCCGCUCGGGGAACCAGGUGUCCGAGUACAUUUCCAGCACCUUCCUGGACAAGCAGCACGAGGUGGAGAUUCCCCCGGCGCUGCCCAAGGAGAAGGAGCGGGAGCGCAGGAAGCGGCCGAUGUCGCAGAUCAGCGGCGUGAGGAAGCCGGCACACGGCCCCCGCCUCGCCGCCAUCCCGCGCUUCGGGGUGCGCACGGAGCAGGAGGGGCUGCUGGCCAAGGAGCUGCAGAACACCAACAAGUGGGGUCUCAACAUCUUCAAAGUGGCCGAGUACUCAGGAAACCGCCCGCUGACGGUCCUCAUGUACAGCAUCUUCCAGGAGCGCGACCUGAUGAAGACGUUCCGCAUCCCCGCCGACACCUUCCUCACCUACAUGCUGACGCUGGAGGACCACUACCGCGCCGACGUGGCGUACCACAACAACAUCCACGCCGCCGACGUGGCGCAGUCCACCCACGUGCUGCUCUCCACGCCGGCGCUGGAGGCCGUCUUCACCGACCUGGAGAUCAUGGCCGCCAUCUUCGCCAGCGCCAUCCACGACGUCGACCACCCCGGCGUCUCCAACCAGUUCCUCAUCAACACCAACUCCGAGCUGGCGCUGAUGUACAACGACGCCUCGGUGCUGGAGAACCACCACCUGGCCGUGGGCUUCAAGCUGCUGCAGGAGGAGAACUGCGACAUCUUCCAGAACCUGAGCAAGAAGCAGAGGCAGUCGCUUCGCAAGAUGGCCAUCGAUAUGGUGCUGGCCACCGACAUGUCCAAGCACAUGAACCUGCUGGCGGACCUGAAGACCAUGGUGGAGACCAAGAAGGUGACCAGCCUGGGGGUGCUGCUGCUGGACAACUACUCCGACCGGAUCCAGGUUCUGCAGAACAUGGUGCACUGCGCCGACCUCAGCAACCCCACCAAACCGCUGGAGCUGUACCGGCAGUGGACCGACCGCAUCAUGGCCGAGUUCUUCCACCAGGGUGACCGGGAGCGCGAGAAGGGGAUGGAGAUCAGCCCCAUGUGCGACAAGCACACCGCCUCCGUGGAGAAGUCCCAGGUGGGAUUCAUCGACUUCAUCGCCCACCCGCUGUGGGAGACCUGGGCCGACCUCGUGCACCCCGACGCCCAGGAGAUCCUGGACACGCUGGAGGACAACCGGGAGUGGUACCAGAGCAUGAUCCCGCGCAGCCCCUCCCCACCGCCCGAGGUGGGGGCUGAGGUGCCCCCCGCUGCCCCCAGCAAGUCCCGGUGCGAGAGGACGCUGGAGGAGGAGGAGGGAGAAUUGGACACGGAGCCCGAGGGGCCCGAGAGCCCUUUGGAGGAGGACAACAGCGGCUCCAAGACGUCGGCUACAGAUGAUUCGGAGUCGGCCGACACCGAGCGCUUGUCACCCGGCUCCGGGGACCGGGAGGUGGACAACAGGAGGGUGCUGGAGGGGACUCUGCCAAAGGACAGAGCUGGUGGUGGCUGCAUGGCGCCGGACCCCGAGAGCGGCAGGGAGCUGUGCCUGGACACGGAGGGCAAUGUCACAUUCCUGCCCCUGGGCACGUAGCGGCCCGGCCGGGGGGUCCUAUCGCUGCCACGGGGACGUGGGACUGGGCACUGCCACUCCUGGGCCUGGCACGCAGAGCCCCAAAGGAUUUCCCCACGUGGGAGCUGGGCAGGUCCUGAUGGUAACGAGGAUGCUGCUCACCCCCUCCCCUGCUUCCACCCAGUGUCCCUGCAUCGGCUGCUGGGAAAGGGCCCUGUUACCACGAACAGGGCUGGAGGACACGGGCUCCUGCCUGUCCCAGCCCUGGGCACGCUGUAUCGCACAGCGGAGCGGUCCCCAUUCAGCACAGCGCAGCCAAAAGCGUUUUGACGUCGCGGUGGCACGCGGCACCCGGGGUCCGGGCACCUCAGCACAACGCCCACGAGUCGGAGCUGGAUUUAUUCGGGGACUUCGCUUGGGAAAGCCUUUGGUUGCUCACUUCGUACUGCCAGCCCCACCUGGGUGCACACACACACGCAGCAGGAGCCGCUCUGACUGCGCUCAGCGCCCGAAAUGCUGCGCUGCAUUCGGCACCUUGGGCCCCGGGGGCAUUGCAGCCCUUGGAGACGUUUCGGUUUCUUCCUUCACCCUCCGGGUAUUAAACCUCAUUUGUUUCACUCCCCCCCCCGA